CCGGCCUCCGCCCACUCCGAGCACCGAAACAGGAAGUGGGGUUGCCACCUCUACGGCGAGCCGGCCAGGUUGGCUCCGUCUCGGGAUUGGGUGCGUUCCCGCGAACAGCUGGUACCCCUGACCCAGGCGCUGCCUCCCUGCGCCCCGCGGUCUCGUGGAGCCAUGUCUAAUAUGGAGAAACACUUAUUUAAUUUGAAGUUUGCUGCCAAAGAACUUAAUAGGAAUGCCAAGAAAUGUGAUAAAGAAGAAAAGGCUGAAAAGGCAAAAAUUAAAAAGGCUAUUCAGAAAGGAAAUACAGAAGUUGCGAGAAUACAUGCUGAAAAUGCAAUCCGCCAGAAAAAUCAAGCAAUCAAUUUCUUGAGAAUGAGUGCUAGGGUUGAUGCUGUGGCAGCCAGAGUCCAAACUGCAGUAACGAUGGGAAAGGUAACAAAGUCCAUGGCAGGUGUAGUUAAAUCUAUGGAUGCUACAUUGAGGAGUAUGAAUCUUGAGAAGAUUUCUGCUUUGAUGGACAAAUUUGAACAUCAGUUUGAAACACUGGAUGUUCAGACACAACAAAUGGAAGAUACAAUGAGUAGCACAACAACCCUAACAACCCCACAAAACCAAGUGGAUAUGCUGCUUCAGGAAAUGGCAGAUGAAGCUGGCCUUGAUCUCAACAUGGAACUACCACAGGGUCAGACAGGUUCUGUUGGCACAAGUAUUGCUUCUGUGGAGCAGGUAGAGGAUGAACUAUCACAGAGGCUUGCUCGUCUUCGGGAUCAAGUGUAAUGUAAAGAACUGGUGCUACUGUUUCCUUCAUUUGUUCUUAUACACCCUUUGUGUGUAGAUAGAUAUGUUGCAAUCUAGUAACCCAAAACACUAUUUAUGCCAGAAUGCUUAAAAAUCAUCUAUGUAAAAUGCUUUCUUUUGACUUGCGUACUUUCCAGUGCAUUAAGAAAUUCCAAGGAGUUUCUACUCUGACAGAUUUUAUAGUUCUGUAUAUUAUGUGUGAAAGUGUGAGGAACAUAUUUUUGUAGAUUUCUUUGACAAACCUAGUAUUAGUUUGCUGUAUAUUACACAUCUUCCACAAAUGUUAAAGAAUCUAGCACCAAAGUACUACUGAGUGAAGUACUUUUUACAGAAUAAAGUGUAGAAUAAAG